AUGUUCGGGAUAUUAGGGACUGGAAUAUUAGGAAGGGGAGGCAAAUCGGUGGAUGGAAUAGAAGGAACGAUCGGCGGGAUAGUAGUAGGUGGAACAAUAUUAGGGAUGAAUGGAAUCGAAGACAAUGAAGGAACUCUCGGGAUAAUGGGUGGAAGGUUAGGGACGAUUGGAGGUGAAGGCAAUGAAGGAACUCCUGGGAUAAUGGGUGGAAGAUUAGGGAUGGUUGGAAGCGAAUGCAAUGAAGGAAUUCUCGGGAUAAUGGGUGGAAGAUUAGGGACGAUUGGAGGCAAAGGCAAUGAAGGAACUCUCGGGAUAAUGGGUGGAAGAUUAGGGACGAUUGGAAGCGAAGGCAAUGAAGGAACUCCUGGGAUAAUGGGUGGAAGAUUAGGGACGAUUGGAAGCGAAGGCAAUGAAGGAACUCCUGGGAUAAUGGGUGGAAGAUUAGGGACUAUUGGAAGCGAAGGCAAUGAAGGAACUCCUGGGGUAAUGGGUGGAAGAUUAGGGACUAUUGGAAGCGAAGGCAAUGAAGGAACUCCUGGGGUAAUGGGUGGAAGAUUAGGGACGAUUGGAGGCAAAGGCAAUGAAGGAACUCCUGGGAUAAUGGGUGGAAGAUUAGGGACUAUUGGAAGCGAAGGCAAUGAAGGAACUCUCGGGAUAAUGGGUGGAAGAUUAGGGACGAUUGGAGGCGAAGGCAAUGAAGGAACUCCUGGGAUAAUGGGUGGAAGAUUAGGGACUAUUGGAAGCGAAGGCAAUGAAGGAACUCUCGGGAUAAUGGGUGGAAGAUUAGGGACGAUUGGAAGCGAAGGCAAUGAAGGAACUCCCGGGAUAAUGGGUGGAAGAUUAGGGGCGAUUGGAAGUGAAGGAAUUUUUGGGAUAAUGGGUGAAAGGUCGGGGAUGAUUGGAAAUGAAGGCAAUGAAGGAACUCCCGAGAUAACAGAUGGAAUGGAAGGAAAUAAUUGUGGGAGAUAA